AUGGACGUGUUUUGGGCCGCUCCCCCGGUGUCAAGAACCAUCACAGCCUUCUCGUUUGUGAUGUCGACCUUGUCCCAUACCGGGUUUCUGUUUCUCGACCCCGGCAGUUUGGUCUUCUUCCCGCCGUUGGUGUUCGGUAAAUUGCCGCCGGAGCUCUGGAGGGUGGUCACAUCAUGCUUUCUAACCAGAGGUGGCCUCGCACUUUUAUUUGAGCCGUAUAUGCUGUAUCAAUAUGCGAGCGGCCUCGAGCGCGAAUCGUCACGAUUCCCGAAUCCUGGGGAUUUCUUCAUUUUCCUCAUUUUCCUUUGCACGGUGAUAAUUGGACUGGCCUACACUAUACUGGGGGCCGAGAUGUUCCUUCCAGCCCUCAUUUUGGCGUUGGCCUACACCUUUGCGCAGGAUAACCCGGACCGACAAGUCAACGUGAUCUUCAUUAACAUGCCGGCCAAGUUCAUGCCAUAUGCGAUGCUCUUCCUUACCUACAUCGUGGUCGGCCCUUACAUGAUGUAUGUUGAGAUCACCGGUCUGGUUGCCGCUCAUCUCUACAACUUCUUGACGAAGAUUUGGCCUGCCUUCGGCGGAGGCACCAAUAUCAUCAAGACCCCGGGUUUUGUGAGCAGGUGGUUUGGUGGAGGAAGCCCGCAGGCUAGGAGCUUCGGUAUGGCCUACCCGGGACGAGUAACUGCUGCACAGAACCAGCCGGGUUCUGGGUCAGGUAGCGGAUUCGGAGGCUUUGGCUCGGCAUGGCAGAGAAGAGGUGGCGGGAGACGCCUUGGAGAGUGA